AUAUCUGCCACCUCGUUGCUGCUGCUGCACCGUACGUCACUAUGGUGAAGAAAAUGGCGGCGGACAAGUCGAGCACACCUCUCCAGCUCAACUUGCUGCUCAUAGCCCUUGUCUGCUGCAUUAGUGGCGUCACAACGUCCGCUGCUAGCGGUACAUCGUCGUCAUCAAGCAACAAGACAUGCGAGUAUCCAGGCUAUCCGGAUCCCAAUAAUGCCUCAGUCUGCAUACCAUUUACACAAGUUUGUACAAGACCAUCUUGCCCCACCGCAAUGGCUUCUGUCAAUACACCUGGCCAACGAGGUCUGCCGCGAUACAUUUUGAGCGAUGCGAACAAUGCGUCUCUUUUCUCAGUCACGGGCAUUAUUCUCUACAGCUACAACUUAAGUGAUGGCUUGCACAAGGACACAUUUCAAGGCUACCCUAAACUUUACACCAUAGUGAUGGUUGACUCUGGCAUCUCGGAUAUACCGCUUGGGCUUUUCUUCAACUUAACUCGGUUGGCAAUUCUGACCUUGACAGACAACAAGCUCUCAACACUGCCUGCCGGCAUUUUUGAUACCGUGCCGCAGUUAGUGAGACUGACCUUGGCAGGCAACAAGCUCUCAACACUGCCUGCUGGCAUUUUUGAUACCAUGCCAAGAUUACAAUAUCUAUUCUUGGACAGAAAUGCACUGGUUUCAGUACCGAAUGGUUUGCUGUCAUACAAUCCCAGUAUCGUUCAACUCAUUCUUGGCGGGAACAAAGAACUGAAAACGCUUCCCGGAGACCUAUUUGCUACCAAUGGUUAUUCCAGAAAUAUUAUCAUCGAAGUAGGUGGCAACCCUUUUAUCACCCUUCCCGUGGACAAAUGGCCUAGCAAUACUAUUCUUUUAGGAUUUACAAAUACUGAAGUCGUCUAUCUACCAAUCAGAAAGAAAGGCAUAGUCAUCAACGGCGGUAGUUGGUGUGUUCCAGAGGGAAAAUUCAACUGUUCAGCAUACAAGACUGAGGGCUGUUUCUAUGGUUGUUGUGCUGCAGGCGAAUGCCCGGCAUGUUCUGUUGGCGAUGCAGUCUAUACCCCCAAUGGUGGUAUCACAGUCCACAGCGCAACCAACAUCACAUACUACUGCGAUGCAGGAUACAGGCUGCAGUCAGCAAGUGACCGAGCGACUUGCUCUUCCGGAAAAUACAUCCAUCCUGGAUGCGCAGGUGAGGGAAUUUAA